GUAAUACAUGAGUUUGUCGUGUGUCCAAAAGAAGUCAUCUCAAGUCGAACCACAAUGUCGAUUUAACGACGGACAGCGGGCGUGGAGUGAUCAGUCGACGAAGUGCUCUUCGUGAGUGUGGUUAUCAACGAAAGUGUGAAAAUUAAUUAGAUUGUAAGAAAUACAAAUAAUCUUUACUCAAAAUGUCAACGCAGUUCAGCAGUAUCUGCAUACUCCUGCUGACGCUAGCCCUCUUUGGGCAAGGAUCUCUAGGUGAGAUUCAGUACCGUCAGUACCGCAUCCUCUCCGGUUACGACCCGCAAUACUACUCCUACUCCUCCCAAUACUACACCCCCUACGUGCAACCCGCGCAGAGUGUCUACGUCAACCCUUACCGCUACUACUCCGACCGGUAUACCACCACACCAAUCCGCUACACCGCUCCUGUGAGCUACCCACAACCAGUGGUCAAAUACCAACCACAACCAGUACGGUCUUAUCCUUAUCACGACGACAAAGUCUACAUCACCGAUAAAUACGGCAGGACGACAGUGACCACGGACGCGCAGUACCGGCGGCAGUAUGUGGAUCGACACUCCUAUGCGCGAUAUUCAGCUGAUGCUCCUUCAACAGUGUGUUCAGGAUCAACUUGUGGGAGCAAUGCACAAUGUUCAAUGGUAGGUGGAAGACCUGUCUGCUCUUGUUUCCGGGGUUAUAUGGGUGAUCCACUUCAUCAUUGCACUAAAGCUGAAUGUUUAGACAAUUCAGAAUGUCGUGGACAUCAGCAUUGUAGAAAUGAACGUUGUGUUGAUCCUUGCAUAGAAAUCUGCGGGUCUAAUGCACAAUGUGAGACUAGGAACCAUGUGCCUGUUUGUAGUUGUCCUUCAGGGUAUACUGGAGAUCCAUUUACUCAUUGCAGAAGAUUUGAUCCAGAGGAAUUGUGUCAUCCAAGUCCAUGUGGGCAAAACACCCAGUGUGAGGUGGUUAAUGGUAUCCCUACUUGUAAAUGCCUGCCAGGAUAUCAUGGCUCUCCUAUCGCUGGAUGUCGUCAUGAAUGCGAAACAAGCAGUGAAUGUGGUUCGAAUUUAGCUUGUAUUGAAUUCAAGUGUCAGAAUCCUUGUCAUUCUCAAUGUGGAGUUAAUGCUGACUGUGAAGGAGUUAGAAACAACGCUGCUGUUUGUAAAUGUCCUAGGGGUUAUUUUGGUAAUCCUUACGCGUCUUGCAAAGCUGAAUGUGUUUCACACUCAGAUUGUCCACGUAGCAAACCAGCAUGUUUCUAUAACCAAUGUAAAAACCCUUGUGAUGGUGUUUGUGGUAUUGGAGCUAAUUGUGAAUUACGUGACAUUACACCAAUUUGCUCCUGCCCAAAGGACAUGACCGGUGAUCCAUUUGUACGUUGUCGUCCAUUUGAGAAACGUGACCUAUGCGAACCUAAUCCUUGUGGGCAAAACGCUCGAUGUGAACCUGGUUAUGAUAAAUUGCAUGAGGAACGUCCUGUUUGUACUUGUCUGCCUGGAUAUCAAGGAGAUCCUUUGAGGGGAUGUGUACGUGGGGAAUGUACGGAAGAUACUCAUUGUCCUGAUCAUCAAGCAUGCUUCAAUUACAAGUGUCAGAAUCCUUGUACAGGACAAUGUGGUUCCAAUGCUGAUUGUAUGGCAAGACGCCAUCUUGCCGUGUGUACAUGCCCGCCAGGAUACAAUGGAGACGCGUUGACAAAUUGUUAUAAAGUGACUGGAACUUCGAUUAGUCGCAGGUAUUAUAGACAGGUCCUUGAAAUGGAGAAGGAGGAACAACGUGCGAUUGCGAAACAAAUUGAUGCUAUGGAGAAGCUUGUAAAUGAAGAAAAACCAGAGGAUGAGAAGAAAGAAGAUGUGGUUAAAGAAGAGAAAAAAGAAGAAAAGGUAGAAGAGAAGAAAGAAGAUAAGAAAGAAGAGAAGGUAGAAGAAAAGAAAGAUGAUGUUGCCAUAGUUACACCAGAACCUAGCAAGGAUGUAGCGGAAGCCAUUAAAAAUCCUGCUGUGUUAAUUGCCAAUCUUGCGUUGUAAUAAUAACAGGAUAAUUUUAUUCUUCUUUUUAGAAAAGAAGAAGUAAAGUUACAUGCGAUGUUUUUAACUUAUUAAUAUUUAUUUAAGGACGAAAUACCAAUAAGUUGUCAUAUAAUUGUAAGAAAUGAUUUUAAAGAAGUAAUAAACUAAUUUUUGUAAA